UGUAAAACUGCACAGUGCUCCUUUAAAAAGAAAAAAAAAAAAGAAAAAAAAAGAGAAGAAAAAUAACACAGGGAGACGGUCCCGGAACAUAUAUAUGACCGUGUGACAUCCCUCCUUCCACUUUCCGCCGGGUGCACUCUUCCACAGCAGCUCUGUUAUCAGUCCGCCCGGCUCAUAACUUUAGGCCAUGAAAUAUUAACCAGCGCCGGGACUCAUAAACACAUCUUCAGUGGGACGCCAUGAUUUCACGCUAUAUCACAAACAUUUUAAGGCAUCAGAUCCGCUGCCUGUCAUGGACUGUCAUUUUUGGCGUGUGAAUAAUAUAUCUUGGGUCCUUUCGGGCAGACAUACUUUGGCACUCAUGGCGCAUAAAUAGGUAAAUAACGCGGAUAAAUAGGUAAAUAACAGCAGCUAGCCGGCCGACAGCCGGAGGGGGGAAAAACAACAACAACAACAACAAAAAAGCUUUAAACUUCUUUAUCAUUAUUUUGCGCGUGUCCUUGCUGAUAUAAAUCGGAGUGAAAGGAGUCGGAGUCCGUAUGUUUUAAUCAAAUAUAGGCCCGUGUCACACUACAAACAAAUCACUUUGCUCACAGCGCGCCACAGAUUGUCCUAAUUAAGAUCUGUCUAAUUAAAUUACAGCCUCGAGUUAACCAAUGGCAGGACUCGUUUCAUUAGCAGAGGCAGGCAGAGUGAUGGAGAGAAAAUCCUUCCUGAUUGCACGGCGGUGUCAAUUGGCUAAUUUGACGCCUUCGAGUACCUCAAGGAUCAUAACGAGGCGUUUUCAGAUUGGGAAAAAAAAAGGCGUGCGCAAAAGCCUGUGAUAUAUGUUGAGCUAAUAGUGGCUUCCUAUCGAGCUAUGCAGGUCGAGAAUUGCAUCUCGCCCGCGAGUGAUCUCUCCAAGAAAUUUAUGAAUGUGGGCAGUGGCUUUGCGAGCUCCGAUGGAUCUGAGCUUUCGUUGCAGGACCAUCCUAUUAUAUGUGCGAGUGACAACCUGGAGAGAAGUUCACCUCUGAAAAAAAACUCCAGGGAGAUGACGAAUCAGUCAGAGGCAGACAAUUUUCCCGACUCCAAGGACGCAUCAGGGGACGUCCAGAGGGGCAAACUCUCUCCUGAUCUUCACGGAGUCUCUGACAUCCGUCAUAAUUUCGAUGGAUCUGCAGGAGAAAGGUGCAUCUUUUCUCCAUCCGCCCAGCCGCAGUCAGUCUCAGCAGCUCCCAGUGCCAUGUUCCCCUACCCGAGCCAGCAUGGACCAGCGCACCCGGCUUUCUCCAUCGGGAGUCCCAGCCGAUACAUGGCCCAUCACCCGGUCAUAACGAAUGGAGCUUACAACAGCCUUCUGACCAACACUUCUCCACAAGGCUACCCGGCGGCGGGCUACCCUUACGCGCAACAGUAUGGACACACGUACCAAGGAGGGGCUUUUUACCAGUUCUCCACCGCGCAGGCAGGACUGGUGCCGGGGAAGGCGCAGGUGUAUUUGUGCAACAGGGCCCUGUGGCUGAAGUUUCACAGGCACCAGACGGAGAUGAUCAUCACAAAGCAAGGGCGACGAAUGUUCCCAUUUUUAAGCUUCAACAUUUCUGGCCUCGACCCAACCGCUCACUACAAUAUAUUCGUGGACGUAAUACUCGCCGAUCCAAAUCACUGGCGGUUUCAAGGAGGCAAGUGGGUGCCAUGUGGGAAAGCAGACACAAAUGUAACAGGGAACAGGGUGUAUAUGCACCCGGACUCACCGAACACCGGUGCGCACUGGAUGCGUCAGGAGAUAUCUUUUGGGAAGCUAAAGCUCACAAACAACAAGGGUGCCUCCAACAACACGGGGCAGAUGGUGGUUCUCCAGUCCCUCCACAAGUACCAGCCCAGGCUCCAUGUGGUGGAAGUGAACGAGGACGGGACAGAGGACACCAGCCAACCAGGGAGAGUCCAGACUUUCACCUUCACCGAGACGCAAUUCAUCGCCGUCACAGCCUACCAGAAUACCGACAUCACGCAAUUGAAAAUCGACCACAAUCCGUUCGCUAAAGGAUUUCGGGACAACUACGACACUGUCUACACAGGCUGCGACAUCGACCGCCUAACUCCAUCGCCGGGUGACUCUCCGCGUUCACAGAUCGUGCCGGGUGCGAGAUAUGCCAUGCCUAGCUCUUUCCUGCAGGACCAAUUUGUCAGCACUUAUGCCAAAUCUCGCUUUCACCCUGGCAUGGGGACUGGUCCUGGCACGGAGCGCAGCGUCCCACUCGGCAACAGCUUGCUAUCCCCGCAGCAAACCGAGGAGCCCACUGUUGCCACCCCCCCGCAGCGAUGGUUUGUCACCCCUGCCAACAACCGACUGGACUUUGCUGCCUCGGCAUACGACGCCGCUGAUUUCGCCGGUAACGCGGCCACCUUGCUGUCCUACGCAGCGGCCGGAGUGAAGGCUCUUCCCCUGCCGACUGCAGGCUGCUCCAAUCGGCCUCUUGGCUAUUACGCAGACCCGUCGGGCUGGGGAGGACGCACGCCGCCGCAGUACUGCGGCGUAAACAGCAAGUCCAGCUCGGUCUUUUCCUGCUGGCCCACUAACUCUAUCGCGGGCAGAGCGGGCACCAACUACCUGGCCGAGGAGGGGGACUCCAUCCCGACGGAGAGGUCACCGAUCGGCGGCUCGGAGGAGGCCAAACCCAAAGACAUGACCUCAGAGUCGAACUGGAUAGAGACGCCGUCCUCCAUUAAGUCCAUCGACUCGAGCGACUCUGGGAUCUUUGAACAGGCCAAGAGGAGACGGAUCUCCCCCUCCGCCACGCCGGUGUCAGAGACUGUGUCCCCGCUAAAGUCUGAGCUGCUGACACCCAGAGAGUGCGAGAAAAACUGCACAAAGGACAUUGGUUACUACAGUUUCUAUCCUCACAGUUAAAACAAAGACAGAUCUAUCUAUCUAUCUAUCUAUCUAUCUAUCUAUCUAUCUAUCUAUCUAUCUAUCUAUCUAUCUAUCUAUCUAUCUAUCUAUCUAUCUAUCUAUCUACCUACAGGUUAAUCCAUUUAAAAAAAAACAAAUUGAUAAGGACUGUCACCUCCACACUUAAUGGCCAAAAAAUGUAAAUUCUUCCACCUCCUCUCUGUCUGUCCUGUCCUUGUUUCCUCACUGUUCAGUAAAGACAAACAAGCAAACAAACAAAAAAACAACAACACUGUAAUUAUGAACAUAAUGUACAUAAUAUCGGUGAUAGUGGCUGAAUGUACACAAAAUAGAUGAAUUCAUAAGUAGUGUUUUAAAAAAAGAAGAAAAAAAGAAGAAGGAAAGAAAGAAAGAAAGAAAGAAAGAAAGAAAGAAAGAAAGAAAGAAAGCGAAGCCUCUUCUGUUCAGUAGCCUGAAGCUGUUAGUAAAGAAAGAUAUGGAGAACCUGUACAUGAAAAAAAAAAUGUUUCUUGUGUAGCAUAUACUGGCACAAUAAUCCUCUGUCAGCGGAACAAAACAAAUGAAUGAACAAAAAAAAAAUUAAUCAUAUGUAUUUUGUACUUUAUCAAAGCUGUAGGCGACCCAAAAGUUUAUGAUCACCCGCUACAUCCAUGAUCCCUGUGGUUGAAUAAGUUAUACAUGUCGGUAAUGUAGACUUAGAGUCUGUUUUUAUUUCUUUUACUCCUUGAUUUUAUUCGAGCUGCUUAUUUUCCAUAGCCUGUAUGCUAUGCUGUUGUGGAAAAAAAAAUCUCUGUAUCUGCUGUGAUGUGAUUGGAACGUAAUAAAUUAUGUUAUCAUGAGGACAA